AUGGCUACAGACAGAAAGUCGUCCUCCAUCGACGGCACCGACAUGGAGAAGCCACACGUGGACGCGCUCGAAAAGGUCCGCCGCGACGGCGGUGGUGCCAGCACCGCCGAGGUAGACGACUUCAUCGCGGACAUGGAGCACGAGCUGGAAGCCGCCGGCGGCCUGAAGACGGGCUUCUUCCAGGUGCAGUUUGCCAACCCCAAGCACUUCACCUGGCUCUUGGUGGCCUUUGCCAGCAUGGGCGGUCUCCUCUCCGGGCUGGACCAGAGCCUCAUCUCCGGCGCCAACCUGUACCUGCCGCGGGACUUGGGCCUCUCGGAGCGCCAGAACAGCCUGGUCAACGCGGGGAUGCCUCUCGGCGCCGUUGGUGGCGCGCUCAUCCUGUCGCCCACCAACGAGUACUUUGGCCGCAAAUGGGCCAUUCUCAUCUCCAUCAUGCUCUAUACCGUCGGUGCCGCGCUCGAGGCUGGUUCGAUCAACUUUGGCAUGAUGGUUGCCGGUCGAGUUGUUCUCGGCAUGGGUGUCGGUCUCGAGGGUGGUACCGUGCCCGUCUAUGUCGCCGAAACAGUCGAGCGCCGAAUUCGCGGCAACCUGGUCUCCUUGUACCAAUUCAACAUUGCGCUCGGCGAGGUUUUGGGCUAUGCAGUGGCUGCCAUGUUCCUCAAGGUCCCCGGCAAUUGGCGAUAUAUCCUCGGCUCGUCCCUGGUGUUCUCGACCAUCAUGUUCUUUGGCCCCCGAUACCUCAUGCAUAAAGGCAAGAAGCUGGAGGCGUUCAAGGUCUGGAAGCGGAUCCGCGGUGUCGCCGGGGCAGAGUCCAAGGAAGAGUUUUACAUCAUGGCAAGCUCUGUGCAGGAAGAGGAGACUGUCGUUCAAGAGGGCGCCAAGAACAAGAAUUAUCCCUGGAUGGACUUUCUCACGUACGUGUUUUUCCUUGCUGCUGGUGGCGUGGAAGUGUCUAACAAACCCUGGCACAGUGUCCCUCGUGCGCGACGUGCGCUCGUGUACGCCAACAUCAUGAUCGUGCUCGGACAGGCGACGGGCGUCAACGCAAUCAUGUAUUACAUGUCUGUUUUGAUGAACACGAUCGGCUUCAACGCCGACGAUGCAAACUACAUGUCUCUAGUCGGUGGCGGGUCGCUGCUGCUGGGCACCAUUCCCGCCAUUUUCCUGAUGGAGACUUGCGGACGCCGUUUCUGGGCCAUCAUGAUGCUUCCGGGCUUCUUCAUCGGUCUCGUCCUCAUUGGUGUUGCCAACCUUUUCGACCCGCACACGAAUCUGAAAGCGGCCGAAGGCAUCUACCUCACCGGUCUCAUCAUCUACAUGGGCUUUUUCGGCUCGUAUGCCUGUUUGACAUGGGUCAUCCCGUCCGAGGUCUAUCCCACCUACCUGCGAAGUUACGGCAUGACGACAUCCAGCGCUCUCCUUUUCCUGGUUUCCUUCAUCGUCACCUACAACUUUAGCGCGAUGAGGGACGCCAUGACCCCCACGGGUCUCAUGCUCGGUUUCUAUGGUGGCAUCGCCGUCAUCGGUGAGGUCUAUCAGAUUCUCUUCAUGCCCGAGACCAAGAACAAGACAUUGGAGGAAAUCGAUCUCGUCUUUUCUCGACCGACAAUGGAUAUUGUGCGCGAGAACUGGCAGGGUGUCAAGGAGACGAUGGGUGACGCGUGUAGGGGCAGAUUCCGCAAGAUUCUCGCGGAGCAAACAAAGAAGCCCAAAUCAGAGGAUGGCCCGAUCGCGUAG